GCUCCCCUAAGGCUAAAAAUAAUGUGGGGUUUGUAAUUUAAUUCAAUUCAAUUAAAAUGCUUUGGAAUUUCAUAAUCUCAACUCAAGCUUCCAUUAAUUUUAUCCAACCAUUCUCUAUCUUCUUCUUCUUCUUCUCUGUUUUGUUCUUUUUUUAAUCCAAAAAGUGAAAUGACCCUUUGAAGACUUGGGGGUAUGUUCAAUUGGGGAGAACAAAAGCAAGGCACCAACCGAAGCUGUUUAUGGAUUGGGGUUUGGGAAAAUUUUCUGGGGAAAAAUCCGCUUUCCGGGAAUCCAAACAGACCCCUCCUCCCCCUCCAAGUUUCUCCGAUUCCAUAGGUUCCAACAACGAAGAAUCGAGCUCCUCCUCCCAUGGAUCCUCCAAAAGGACUCGUGUCCUCCAUGGCACCCAGAAUCAGACAUGUUUGGUCGACGGCUGCGAUUCGGACCUCAAAAAUUGCAAGGAUUACCACCGCCGCCAUAGGGUCUGCGAUUCCCACUCCAAAACCCCUGUUGUGAUGGUCAGGGGAGAGGAGAAGCGAUUCUGCCAACAGUGCAGCAGAUUCCACUCGCUGGGUGAGUUCGAUGAGGUGAAGAGAAGCUGCAGGAAACGGCUGGAUGGCCACAAUCGGCGCCGGAGAAAGCCUCAGCCGGAGUCCUUGAUCUUCAGUUCCAGAGAUUUCCUGUCCAAUUGCAAAGGUCCAGUUUUGCUGCACUUCAGUGAUCCAGCGGUUUAUGGACCUGAUAUUGGUAAGACUCUGUGGCCUGUAAGAAGUGAGGAGAAAAUGAAAUCUAUGGUUCCAUCAAACUCCUUCAACUAUGGAGGAGAGAACAAACAGUUGCCAUUUUUCCUGCAGAGAAAUGGCACAAAGCAAGGCAAGCAAAUGGGUUCUUCUCAGUUGUUUUUCAAUCAGCAACUUCCUGAUACAAUCUCUCUGGGAAGUGAAGUGGGCAGCCAGAAAAUUCUGCCCACCAAUCUCUCGCCCGAGGAUUCAGGUUGUGCUCUCUAUCUUCUGUCAUCGCACCCGGUGCAAGCUCUCCCAGAUUCUGGCCUGAGCUCUCUGGUUCAGUCCCAUCUGGGUAUUCCAGUCCAAACUCAAGACACUGAGCUGCUGCAUUUCAGUAGCCUAAGUGACUUCUCUGGCUCCUUUGGCUCCAAAGACAAGCCUGUUUGUAAAACCAGCCUUCAUGGUGAGUUGGUUCUUGAAAUGGAGGAAUCUGAUGGCUUGUUCCACAGUGAGGCUCCACACAAGUUUCCCAUUUCUUGGGAGUAGUUCUUACUUCUCUUCAAUCAGCUUGUUUGUUUUUAGUAGUUUGAAUUUCUGUGUUCUCUGUUAUUGUUAGACAGCAAAGAUAUUUUGCUGGUUGUUUUAUGAGUUUUCAAUAACCAGGAAGAGUCGCUCUGCAUCGUGAGCACGCUGGGAUUCUACAUUCCAUUUUCCCGACACCGUUGUUGUUGAGUGGACCAUCGACAAUGAUUUGUCUUUCUAUUCCUCAUUUGGACUUGUGUCUUGAAUUAUGUUUUGAUUUGCAAGUUACCAUUUUCUUACAUCCUUGUUCUUCAUCAUGUUGAGUUUCUUAUGGCUAUUGUUAAAGGGGUCAAAGAGAAUUUUGUUCUUUUUUUUGUCUAGUUUGAGAUGAAUGUUCUUUUCAGCUAUGAGAUUGCAUACAUGGUUUUGCUUGGUC